AUGAAUUCUUCUUGGGGCAAAGAACCUUCGAAGGUUGAAGAUGAGAGCCUAAGUUUGAGUACUGAUGCCGAGGAAGAAGCUGAAUCCUCCAAAGAUUUAAAAACUGAAGAGGAAAUCGAAGAAUUUCAUACUGAGGCCAAUAAAAAAAAGCGCUAUAUUGGUGUGAGGAAACGGCCAUGGGGAUUUGAAAGUAUGAAUUCUUCUUGGGGCAAAAAACCUUCGAAGGUUGAAGAUGAGAGCCUAACUUUGAGUACUGGUGCCGAGGAAGAAGCUGAAUCCUCCAAAGAUUUAAAAACUGAAGAGGAAAUCGAAGAAUUUCAUACUGAGGCCAAUAAAGAAAAGCGCUAUAUUGGUGUGAGGAAACGGCCAUGGGGAAAGUAUGCUGCUGAGAUAAGGGAUUCCACAAGGAAUGGAACAAGGGUUUGGCUUGGAACUUUUAACAGUGCGGAAGAAGCAGCUUUGGCUUAUGAUCAAGCUGCAUUUGCAAUGCGCGGAACUUCAGCACCAAUAAAUUUUCCCAUAGAAAAAGUGAAAGAAUCCCUUAGAAACAUGAAUUACAGGUGCAAGGGUUUAUCACCAGCUGAAGCCAUAAAAGAGACUCACAGGACUCGGAGUUCGUCGAAACACAAAGGACAAAAGAAACAAAUUAGCAAAGAAGAAGAUAUUUUGGUGUUUGAGGACUUGGGAUCUGAUCUACUGGACGAGCUAUUAUCAAAUUGUUGA